AAGGCCGUCACACUCCGCGGGGGUCUGAGUGUCUAGCGCUUGUCACAGGUGUUUUGAGUCGAGCCCGGAUUCCCCACCUAGCACCUACUCCAGCGCAUCCCGCAUCGCUCCGCGGCGUCCCGGAUCUGUAGGCUGACCGCUCGGCCUGCAGCGAAAGGGUGUGUCUCUGAAGACCAUUUUAGUUUAAAAGGAAAGAUGCUGUCUUCCAAUGACCAGAAACUCGAAAAGCUGGAUUCUUUUUAUCGACCUCCAGUGUCCAAACAGAGGACAAGUGCAGAAAUCAUAAGCGAAGCACGAAAUGCCUUAAGAACGGUUAGGACCCAAAGACCAUUUACACCCCGUGAAGACCAAAGGAAGCUAUUUGGGCCUGCCUCGUCAAGAAGCCCAGAAAACAGGCCUCCUUCCUCCUUCAGCCUUCACGCUUCCAGCUUUGAGUUGUCCGAUUCCAAGCCUAUCUCUGGGACUCGUCUCAGGCCACUUGAGCUGAAACCCAAAGCUCCAGCAUCUCCCGGCACAGAGGAUGCCUGCCUCUCCUUCCCUAAAGCUCCACUGGACCCUGCAAAGAUAAGAAAAAUCAGCGGGGCCCGUGCACGCUUCUAUAGGGCUGCGUCCCAGGGAAUGCUUCUGCCUGAGAGAUCCCUUCCUGCCACCCAUUCAAAGACCGUGGAAGAAUCCAGCAAACCCGUGAGCGAGGGGAGUUCUACAGCGAGAAGGGAUGGGACUCAUUUGACAGCUUCCAGUGCCACUGGCCAGUUAAAGAGUCCCCCACUUCUCACCUGCGACCAAGGCUUCCAAGAAACCACAGAGCAAGAAGUGUCCCUACUGUCUCAGCUCCGACGUGGAGGGGAGCCUGGGAAACGGCGUGCCAGGGCCUCCUCGUGCCCUAGCAGCUCAGACCUGAGCAGGAAGGAAACCAGGGCAGGUGAGUGUGCCUCUCCGCCUUCAGCAUCCAGAGCAGCCUCCAGAGCUAGCUUACAGGAACGGGAGACAGACAUAGAAGUAGAUGAAGUCUUCUGGAAAGCACGGAUUGUUCCCAUUUUGCAUGAAUUAGAAAACGAAGAAGACAUUGAAGAGAUGUGUGCGGCCUGCACCCAGCUCCAUCGCACGCUGGAGGAAGCGCGCAUGCUCGGAAAGAAGUUCAAGCGAAGAACUGUCCUGCUGAAGGCUCUGUAUAAGCUAGUGGAUGCUGGCUCGGACCCGCUCAGCCUGAAGCUUGCCAAACUUAUCCUAGCACUUAAAGUGAGCGGAAAGAACCUUCUUAACGUCUGCAAACUGAUAUUUAAAAUCAGCAGGAGCGAGAAGAACGACACCCUGAUGCAGGAGGAUAACAUCCUGGAAUCAUUACUGGAGGUACUGAGAGCUGAAGAGCUGCAAAGUAACACCGAGGCUUUUCUCUACUGCAUGGGGGCUCUGAAAUUCAUUUCCGGAAGUCCGGGGUUUCUUACUGAGAUGGUUAACAAGGGUGCAGUGGAAAUAUUGGCACAUCUGAUAAAGGAAAUGACGGAAGACACGGAGAAGCGCGGCGUCUGCCUGCCUGAUUCAGGCCACUUGCUAGUGCAGACAACCGCGACCUUGAGAAACUUAGUCGAUUCACCACUGACGAGAAGCAAGCUCCUGAACAUCGGGGCCUUUCCCCAUCUCUGCACAGUGAUGGAACAGCACGCGGAUGACAAGGACAUCUGUACCAACAUCGCCAGAGUCUUUAGCAAACUAACCUCUUACCGUGACUGCUGUGCAGCCCUGGCCAGCUAUUCCAGAUGUUACGCCUUGUUUCUAAGUCUAUUGAACAAAUACCAGAAGAACCAGGACUUGGUAAUUCGAAUUGUUUUUAUCCUUGGCAACCUGACAGCGAAGAGUAACCAGGCCCGGGAACUUUUCUCCAGAGAGACUGGGAGCGUGGAAACUCUGCUCGCGCUGUUCCAGAGUUUCUAUCACCUCAAGGAGAACUCAACAAAGCUGCCGCUCUCAGAAGCCAGGCCACAGGCAGAGGCCGAGGACGUGUUGGUCAAGCUGACCCGUGUCCUUGCCAACAUCGCCAUUCACCCGCGCAUUGGCCCAGUGCUGGCCGCCAACCCUCGGGUGGUGGGCCUGUUGCUGAGAACUCUGGAAUCCAAGUCACUGGGCAACUGUGAGGAGCUGGUGAUCAACACCACAGCAGCCAUCAACAAUCUGUCCUUCUACCAAGUGAAGAGCUCUGUCCUGCAACACAGGAAGCUGUAUGUUGCUGAACUGCUCUUAAGGCUCCUUGUGAGUAACAACAUGGAGAGGAUUCUGGAGGCUGUGCGCGUUUUCGGAAAUCUCUCCCAGGACCACGACGUCUGCAAUUUCCUCAUGCAGAAAAAUGUACACAAGUUCAUGAUCGCAUUGCUGGAAGCCAAGCACCAGGACAUUUGCUUCUCUGCCUGCGGGGUCCUCCUGAAUCUCACGGUGGACAAGGAGAAGCGAGCCAUUCUGAAAGAAGGUGGUGGCAUUAAAAAGUUAGUGGAUUGUUUGAGAGACUUCGGCCCCAGUGAUUGGCAGCUGGCCUGCCUGGUGUGCAAGACGCUGUGGAACUUCAGUGAAAACAUCACCAACGCAUCCGAGUGUUUUGGAGAAGACGUCGCCAACACACUCCUCAUCCUCUUGUCGACGUUUUUAGAUGAAGAACUAGCCCUGAAUGGCAGUUUUGACCAAGACUUAGAAAGCUAUCACAGGCUCCACUGGGAAACGGAGUUCAAACCUGUGGCCCAGCAGCUUCUGAAACGCAUCCAGAGCCACCACUCGCUCCUGGAGCCCCUGCCUGUCCCUUCUUUCUAACGAGUCACAGGCCAAAGGCAGAACUGGGAAGGCAGAUCACCCUCAUUCUCAGGAAAUGGUAAAAGCAUGGAAGCUUUUCAGUAUUCACACACGUUGAGCAUUUUUAAAGUACUGAUUUUAGCGAAUAGCCUAAGUAUUUUGAAAGAAAUAAGCAUCUCUUUUUCUAGGUAUUACAGAAAAUGGAUAUAUAUAUAUAUAUAUAUAUUCUCUUAUGAGAGGUAUGAGAUGGAAAUAUAUGCAUUUCUAAGACUUCUCUUUCUAUUUGCCUUGAAAUCACUUAGAAAAGAUCCUUAAAGAUCCCAGUGACAACCUUGAAAUGAGCAAGCUUGUCAGGUCACUAGCUAAGGGACAGUGCAAUGAAGACGGAGGCUUUGUCCACGGGAAGAGUAGCCCACCCUCUGCUGCAGCUCUUACUGCAUCUAGAAAUGAGUUGCUCUCCUUGUCCUAAGAGGAGGAAGAAGCAGAGAGGAGCGAGAGCUACGCAGAGGGCUGGCGAUGUAGCUCAGUGGCAGAUCACUUAACUUCCAGGUUCAAGGCCCUGGGUUUGAUCCCCAGCAAGGGAUAGAAGGAACUGCUGCUUUAGGUCAUCUGUCCUUUUAGAGUUUUAGGGGUUUUUUUUCUUUUGUUUGUUUGGCCUGUAUGUAUAUUUAUGCACCCUGUGCAUGCAGUACCUGUGGAGGCAAGAAGAGGCUGUCAGAUCCCCUGACAUUGCUGUCAUAGAUGGUUAUGAGCCUCUAUGUGGGGGCUGGGAGUUGAACUCAGGUCUGCUGCAAGAGCAGCCAGUGUUCUUAACCACUGAGCCAUCUCUCCAGCCCCUACUUUUAAAAUAUUUUCAAAAUUUUAAUUUGUGUCUGUCUGUCUGUCUGUCUGAAUAAGCACAUGUUGUAUAUCUGUGUGUGUGUGUGUGUGUGUGUGUAUGUUUCCUUGAAUCCAGAAGUGGGUAUCAACCCCUAGAACUGGAGUUACAGGUGGUUUUAAGCUGCUGGACAUGGGUGCUUGGAGCCAAACUCAGGCCUUAUGGAAGAGCAGCGAGUGCUGAUAACUGCUGAGCCAUACUGCAGCCCCAGCCAUCUACUUCUUGAAUGAAGUAAAACAGAUGAAAAAGUCCCUUUCUUUUCAUUUGAAAUAGUAACUAAAUUAGAUGGGCUUUCCCCCUCAUUAGAAUGUAUCCAAGAGAGAUGAUGUAACAGAUUAGAGAGUAUACAGUUAGCUAUAAGACUCCUAUCUCUCUGCUGCUGGGGGUGGGGGUACUUUAGACAAUUAACUAAAUUUCUUGAGUCAUAUUGUAAAGUGAGAAUAUUACCUCUCUUCAUUUUAGUGUAUGCAUUAGUUAGGGUUCUUAGAAGAAUAGGAUGUGUGUGUGUGUGUGUGUGUGUGUGUGUGUGUGUGUGUAUCUCCUACUUCUCUCUCUCUGUAUCUCCUACCUCUCCUCCUCCUCCUCCUCCUCCUCCUUCUUCUUCUUCUCUCUCUCUGUAUAUAGUAAAAGAUUUAUUAGGUUGCUUACUGGCUGGGAAACCCAACAAUGGCUGUCUGAGUUUUGGAGAAUGUGAGGAGCCGGUAUCUCACCAGUCCAGGAGGCUGAGUGCCCCAGCAGCCUCAGUCUGGUGCUGAAGACCUGAAGGAUUCCUGGAGAGCAUCCGAUCUUCAGGCCAUGCUAGAGACUGAAGCAGCUGGAUUCCCAAGCCUUGAGGGAGCAGCACUGGCAGUGUGGAUGCAUUUGCCAGCCAGUGCAAAAGUAGGAUGGCAGAAAGCCCGUAUUUGCCUUAGACCUCUUUGCAGCUGGGUUGCCUCAGGGAGAGCGAGCAGCUGACACUGAGGGGAAGGAAGGAUGUCCCCCCCGCCCCCCAGAGAAGCUUUCUUAGGAAAUACCCUGCCAGGCAGACAUAUCUUAGUGGGUCCUAAUUGGGGUGACCACCAACAUUAACACACAGCAUAGUUUAGAGCAAAGCCUUAAUCAGCAGGUUGUGGGCGAACACUGUCAUUAUGAUGAUGAUGAGGGUCUGUUUGCUCGCUUGUCUCAGGAGGAUAAAGUUUGCCUCUGAAUAAAUUAUUUAAAA